ACUUGUUCGACCCUUAAUUUAAUUCUAGAACUUCAAUCGCGAACUAUAGUUCCUACCUGUCUACCUGUGCCAGACUCCAUUGUUGCUACACCUCCAAUUCCGCCUCAACUCUACCAUCUACAACCACAACCACCGCCACCAUGACUGCCACAAUACCACCACCACCAUCCCAAGAACAACAAGUCACUCCAUCAACACCAGAAAUGAUAGCAACAACACCCCUCCCCCCCUCCGCCCUCACAACCCUCCUCUCAUCCACCACAACACCACCACCGACUCCCCUCUCCGCAAACACCCUCCAAAUCCUGCACAACCUCCAACACCAACACCUGUGGACCUCCCUGCGCGUGCACGACCUCCACCUCCCCAGCAGCUCCGAACAGCAACAACCCCUCUACCUCAUCUCCGGCAUUCCCCCGCACCAUCUCUACAUCCACCCGGACGAACAGCUCUUCAUGCUGGAGCGCGGGCUGCGCGAAGACGACGUCGAGCUAGAGCGCAUGUUCGUCCUUCCCACGGUUCAGGGCGAGUCAUGGACGCUGCGCAAGUUGGCGGGAGUGUUUGAUUCGUUGCCUGAGGGUAGCGGGGAAGGAGAAGUACUGGAAGGAGGAGGGGCAGGGGAGAAGGCGGAGAAGUUGAGGGAGUAUUAUGAGUAUCGGGAGAAGGCGAGGGCUACGAAGGAGUGGGGUGGGAAGAGGUUGUUGUUGGCUAUGGUGGAUAGGAGGAUGGGGGGUGAUGGGACGGUGGUGUAUUAUGUUGUGCAGGAUGGUGCGGUGAAGCCGAGGCAGAAUUAAUCUACGAUUGGGGGGGAAGGAACUCAGGGACAUAUGCUGCUGAGCGUACAGCAAGAAGCAAGCAAGCAAGUGAUUCCUUCCAAUUUAUCUUUACACCGAAGAAGAUCAAGAAUUAUAUACACGGAUGACAGACAGCAACAAGAG